AUGCAGCCGACACCAUUACAUCAUUUGUCAAAUGACAUUGGUAAGGAGCAAGAAAAAGUUUCCUCAAUGGGAAUCAUGUCUGGUCGUGGUAAAGGAGGAAAGGGACUCGGUAAAGGUGGUGCUAAAAGACAUCGUAAGGUUUUGCGAGAUAACAUUCAAGGUAUUACAAAGCCCGCUAUUCGCCGCUUGGCUCGUCGAGGUGGUGUCAAGCGUAUUUCAGGGCUUAUUUAUGAGGAGACCCGUGGUGUUUUGAAGGUGUUUUUGGAGAAUGUGAUCCGCGAUGCUGUUACCUACACUGAACACGCUAAGAGGAGAACUGUUACAGCUAUGGAUGUGGUGUAUGCUCUAAAAUGCCAGGGCAGGACUCUCUACAGCUUUGGAGGCUAA